GCUCUUGGUCGUAGUCGCUGUUGGACAGCUGCGUAUUGUUGAGUGGCCCUGCGCACAAACAGUCGAGCCAGGGGUUAAAGCCGCAAAGUUUAUUCUUAGUUUACGGAUGGUGAACUUAUCGGUGGAGCUUUUGUUAAACAGUAAUUGCUUUGGCUGCCGUAAACGUAAAGACCCGUGUUUGCUCGAGGCUACGAUGCUGAACGCAGAGGAAAGCUCCUGGUUUGCCGGUUUGUCUCGGCUACCCAGCUCCAACCCUCAGGCUCCAGGGCCUCUGUGGUGCUCCGAUGCCCCUCACCCACAGCUGAAGAUCCCGGGUGGGCGAGGGACUGUCAGGGAUCACUCUGUCGGUGUGCUACUACACAAGGAUGAGAAGUUAACGGUGACACAGUCCGCUUCAGUGCCCGGGAACCCGUCUCUGCUCCACUUUCACUACCAGCUGAGUGAGCGCCGCUCGGCCUUCUGGGAUACGGCGUUGUCUGAAGACAGCCUGUAUCUGGAGGUCCCGGCCGGGCCACUGGUGGAAGGAAGCAAGGAGGGGCUAACGGCUCUGCUGGAGUUUGCAGAAGAGACGCUCAAAGUUAACUACGUUUUCCUGUGGUUCCACAAAAACAGAGAGGAUCGAUUGACCAUCAUCAAGACGUUUCAUUACAUGGGCUUCGAGGUGGUGAAACCGGGCCACCCAAUGGUACCGGCCCGGCACGAUCUGGCCUUCAUGGUUUACUCUCUGGAAAACAGCAGCUCAGACGAGGAGUGACGUCCACGCCUUCUCCCUCUCCCACCCUCACUCUUUAAUUUCUCCUUUUCAAGUCUCAGUCUCCUCCUCCUCUGACUUUGAGGUGUCGGCCUUUUCUUUUAAAUAGACGUCUGACUGAAGGAGUGAUUGAGCGGCUGCAUUUCCAUGUGACAGUGACACCCAGGCCUCUCACCCCUUUUCUUUGCUGAGGAUAAUUUGAGACUGGAAAAACAAGGAGCUGGAACUAAAUGAUGCAUUGUGGAUUUUAGCUUUCUCCUGCUUGGUGGCACCUUUCUCUGCCACAUUAGUUUGAGUCGCCAUCAACAAACAACUGUUUGACAUUCAGGAGAGGUUUUUGUUUUACAUUAAAAUUCAGCAUAUCUCUCCUCCUACCUACGAAAGAGACCUUGGUUUGUCUUUGCAUGCUCUGCUCCAUGCAAGCUCUGCUGGUUGGGGGUGAAAAUGAUAAUUAUGCAUCUGGUAUGAUUGUUUUGCUUCAUAAAAUAGCUGAAUGGAAGCCUGAUCUGUUACAUUUAAAAGUAAACCACGUGUAAUCGUUUCUUUACGCUGCUUUGUGAGUAUGUAAGGCGUCAUUCCAGCACGUUCAAAAAAAUAAAUCUUUCCACAAACGUUGAGACACUCGGUUCGUUUGCAGAUGUUUCAAAGCUAGAAAAUGCUACGUGUUCAGAGAAACGCCUCCUCUUCCUCCUCUUCCUCCUGUGCUGUAAUCAGCCUGUCAGGCUGAGGAUUUGAGUUCUUGAUGAGACGAACCUGGCCCUGCUGCAGAACCUCUUCCAGAAGGUUUAAAUGCGCGCGUUAUGUUUUUCAAACUGGUUUGUUUUGUUGCCUUUAAUCAGAUUCCAUAAUUAAGCAUUUAGCCACCGUCGUUUUAAAACCCAGAACAUCAUUUAACAAUUGUUUCUAAGGAACUUAACAGAAUCUUCAAAGUGUCUUAAUGAAUAAAUUGGCAUCUAUAUGAUGUGUGACAUAUAAUAUAUCCUUGUUUUGUUGGUACGAGAAAAGUUUGGUUUUGCCAUUAAGUGAAAAUUGAAAAAAUAACUGUAAAACCAGGAUGUAAAACCUUUUGAUUUUUUUUGUCAUACACAUGAGCAUGUACAGCAGUAAAUGUUAAGGAACCUGGGUUUCUGAGAGCGUUAGACUCAUGUAAUGUAUGGGAGGCAGAAACAGAGCUUUGCUGAGCUCCAGCCCUGUUGAGUCCUAGUAUUAUCCUGCACCAGUUGACCUGAGCUUCUUGUGCCUAACAGAGGAGAGUGCAAUCUUUGAACUCGACAGUCUUACUAAGGAAUGUGUCUUUUCGUGCUUUCUUUUUCAACCCAUGUAGAUCCAUACGUACCCCACAUGCUGUUGAGAACCCACAGCACUUCCUGGGUUUAACAUAUAUGCAAUCAGACGCAGGAGGGAUCCUGCACGGCUGUCUUUUGCUUUCAGUUUGUGGCAUUUAGUCCAAACGCCAAAGAAUCCACGCGUCCACUAUUGAUUUAAAUCAACUGCUAAAACUAGAAUGGUGUAAAGCAAUAUUGAAGGACAUUCCCCAGACCAGCCAUACAUCACACCUCAGAGAAACAUGAUGCUAGUCUGUGCUUGUGUUCAGAUCAUCAAGUCUUCAUUGCUACUGAAUGAGCCCUGACUUUAAGCUGUUAGGAGAUAUGGAUUUUCUCAGAGGUAUAUUUUUAUGUAUGAAUAUUUCUCAAAUGUUUGUGAUAGUUUAGAAAUGUUUUUUUCUGUUCUGAUUAGUUAGCAACCAUUCAACGACAAUCCACACUUGUAUACUUUGAAGUUGUUUUGUUUUUCAGGGGAAAAACAAUAAAAGUUGUCAUACAAA